UAACGCUCGCAAACGUGGUCUCUUCUUUGCCCACCACAGCUACACCCCCUUAUCCCCUACACUCACACGAUAAAGCUCUCAACAUCUUUCAUCACAGCUUAACCCUUCAAAGAGCUGAAGAAUUGAAAACCCAUGGCUCAAUCCAUGUUCAUGUCCAGUACUCUCGGAGGAAACCAAGUAUUCGAGCCCAAGAGGGAGCCAUUGCUCCAGUCUCAAGUUCGUCGUCUUCGUCCAACUCCGUUCUCUCUUACCGUUCUCUCUUCGCCCUCCUCUCGAAGAGGCUUCCCUUCUUCUUCUUCUCCUUCUUAUCUGCCAACUCUUGCUCUCUUCAAGUCUAAAGCCAAGGCUGCUCCGAAGAAGGUUGAGAAGGCGAAGCCGAAGGUUGAAGAUGGCAUCUUUGGAACCUCAGGAGGGAUUGGUUUCACAAAGGAGAAUGAACUCUUUGUGGGUCGUGUCGCCAUGAUUGGAUUUGCAGCAUCUCUACUAGGAGAAGGAAUCACAGGCAAGGGAAUUCUAGCGCAACUAAACCUGGAGACAGGAAUCCCAAUCUAUGAAGCUGAGCCUCUCCUCCUCUUCUUCAUCCUCUUCACUCUCCUUGGAGCCAUUGGAGCUCUCGGUGAUCGUGGGAGAUUCGUCGACGAUUCUCCCACAGGCCUCGAGAAGGCUGUGGAAGGAGGUCCUCUCUUUGGAUUCACAAAGUCAAACGAGCUAUUUGUGGGGAGAUUAGCACAAUUGGGGAUUGCAUUCUCACUCAUAGGAGAGAUUAUAACUGGGAAGGGAGCCCUGGCCCAACUCAACAUAGAGACCGGUGUGCCCAUCAACGAGCUCGAACCGCUGAUCAUCUUCAACGUCAUCUUCUUCUUCUUCGCCGCGUUGAAUCCUGGCACUGGCAAGUUCGUUACCGAUGAGGAGGAUGAGUGAAUGAUCAGAGCUUGGGCUGUGUCAUUAAUUGUAGCAUUUUGUUAUUGUUGGUUAAAGUUGGGUAGAAGUGUUUUUAAAUGUGUACGUAUCUUGAAUACUAGUUACCUUUUGUAGUAUGCAUGUUGCAGUAAUAUUGUGACUUGGGAGUUUCGGUAUAUAUCUAUGAAGAGUACAAGUUUCUCAGA